ACUCCACCAGAGCAGCAGUAGCGCAGUACACGCAGCUUCGCGUUGAUCGUCGCGCCGCGGUAAGACCCGUAUAGCAUCAUCUGCCUCAUCCUCUCGCGACUCUCUCGUCCCUGACUUGGAGUGUGAUGUUAUUAUCCUCGGAUUUCAAGAAAAUUAGCAGCUCAGCUUUGUGAGAAGACGAAAGAUGCGCUGCACCGGAGCGAGCGACUCGUGCUCGUCGAGAAGCCGGAGGUGAGACAGCAGCAGCGGCGGCGGCGGCGGUAGCCCACACCUGCGUACAUACCACACGCAGCUAGAGCGAGAAAAAGCGAGAGUGUAGUCCUGCGGCGGCUGUAUUAUGCCCCGCCGACGAAUGAAGAUCUGGACUAGCAUCAGCGGGUCGAGCCAGGAGCAGCAUCUCGGCCUCGAGUGCCGGUAAUACUACGCAUACAGUCCCCGUAGUUCACGGCGGAGAGAAGAAAAGGGUGUAAACAGAGAGCUAGCUCGUAUAGUGGGCGCAGGAAACGCAGGCGGAGAAACACACGCAGCGCGUUUAACCCCCUUUGUACCAAGAGAGAGAGAGAGAGAGCGAUGGACAUGCAGGCGCCCAACGGUUCGUAUCAAUCGCAGUCCUAGAGUUGGAGUGUAAAUGAUAUAAUUGUUGUCUAUGUAUAUGCGAGAUAUGUAUAUACACACACAUCCCCCUCUGCCUGCGCUUUGACAUCCUCUAACUGAGAUCCUUGGCUUGAUAUUUAUGUACUCUGUACGUCUGGUCUGACACGCAACUCCUGUAGUGCGCCUAUGUAGCCUACUGCCACCGCUACGCUGCUUCUCUUCGAUGGACUUUUAAUUUUCCCGUAGCCUAUAGACUACCUGCUACGGCCGAUAUAUAAGCGUCUGAGAAAGGAGAGAUAAAGGAGCCGAUAACAUGUUUUACGCAGCCAUUCCUGGUAUGCCAGAACUUGGCAUGGUAUGGAUGGGGGAUAUGAUGGUUCAAAAUGAUCCUACGCAAGAACUCAUGAUAGACCCCCGACAAGCCGACAAUUCAUUUUAUUCCCAUGCACCUCAUUCUUUUGAUGAUAUACGAAAUCAUCAGAUUCCACCCACUGCUAUGGUACGAUACUUACCUCCUCAAUUUCACAAUGAGUGCUCUGAACCAGAGGAGCCUAUGGAAGGUGUAGAUGUUCAAGACAUUCAGCAAGAAUAUGAACAGACUGAUGGCCAAGAAAUGAAUGAAUAUCUUGGUCUUGACGAUUACAUCGGUGAAGAGGAAAGAGAACAAGUAGUUAACAAUGCUGCAACUCAAACUCAAGAUGUUCGUAAUCGUAAAAUUAAACCAAUAAAACACCCAGGCCUAGUUUUGAAAACACCAAUAGCUUAUCAGCCUCACACAGACCUUAAUUUCAUACCAAUUCGUAAAGAUGGCAUAGCUGUUUGUGAAAAAUGUGGCGCUAUUGGAGUGAAACACGCGUUUUAUACGAAAGAACGACGGUUUUGUAGUCGUGCCUGUGCACGUUCUUCAGAACAUACAGCUCCUCACGCAGAUUCUACCUACAGUCCAACACAUUCUGCAGAACAAAGUGCAACAGAUGCUAAAGUACCAAAUGAUGUUAAGCCAUUGCAUAAGAUUCCUAUAAAAGAAGAAGUAGUUCAGCCAAAGGAGCAGCCACAAAAAGACAAAAUAAAAGCAGUAUUACCUGCUGAGCCAGUAAUGCCAGAAGAAUUGCCAGUAAGAAGAAAACGCACUGCAGAAAUGGCCGGCUCGUACGAUUGGACGCCUCAUUUAAAAGGACCUGGUUUUUGUGCUGCUCCAGUUUCCUGUUUCAAACAUGCGCCAAUAUCAGAAAUAUGGGACAAUAUAUCAGUAGGAAUGAAAGUGGAAGUAGAAAAUACUGACUGUGACGAAGUCUGCGAAGCUUUUCCUGAUUCCUUUUGGGUAGCAACGGUACUCCGGAUUUGUGGUUACAGAGCUUUGUUAAGAUACGAAGGAUUUGGUCAUAGCAUAGAAAAAGAUUUCUGGGUUUCCCUGUGUUCGAACGAUAUUCAUCCAGUCGGUUGGUGCGCAACAAUUGGAAAACCUCUUAUUCCGCCUAACACAAUCGCCAACAAAUAUAAAGACUGGAAGGACUUCCUAAUGCGCCGACUCACCGGAGCGCGCACUCUUCCCACCAACUUUUACAGCAAAGUUAACGACAGUAUGAAAUCGCGCUUCCGAUGCGGCCUGCACCUCGAGGUUGUCGACAAGAACCGUAUUUCGCAAGUUAAAGUCGCGACCAUCCAGAAGAUUGUGGGGAAACGCUUACAUGUGCGUUAUUACGAUUCACCGCCAGAGGACAACGGUUUCUGGUGUCAUGAGGACUCUCCGCUGAUCCAUCCGGUUGGCUGGGCCAAACGUGUCGGACAGUCCUUAGAUGCGUAUCCAGAAUAUGUGCAGCGUAUUGAGUCGGGAAAACUUAGCGAUGAUGACGCAAAGAGCGAACUGUUCUACGUUCCAAAAAGCUAUCUGGCUCAUCACUGGUGCUCGUUCCGUGAAGGCAUGAAAAUCGAGGCGAUCGAUCCGCUCAAUUUGUCAGCCAUAUGCGCUGCGACAGUUAUGCAAGUUUUAAAGGAAGGAUACAUAAUGAUAAGAAUCGAUAGCUAUGAUGAGGACGCGAGCGGGUCUGAUUGGUUCUGUUAUCACACGUGCUCACCUUGUAUCUUCCCGGUGGGAUUCUGCGCACAACACGGUUUGCCGUUGACGCCACCUAAAGGCUACGAUCCUACGACGUUCACGUGGAACUCGUACCUCGAAGAGACAAAUACGACACCUGCGCCAACAGAAAUAUUCAACCGAGAAGUUCCACAACACGGUUUCAUAGAAGGGAUGAGACUAGAGGCUGCGGAUUUGAUGGAUCCUAGAUUAGUUUGUGUAGCGACAAUCACGAGGGUGAUUGGCAGAUUGUUGAGGGUACAUUUUGACGGAUGGGAGGACGAAUAUGACCAAUGGCUUGAUUGUCAAAGUCCUGAUAUCUAUCCCGUGGGCUGGUGCGACUUGGUCGAUCAUAAACUGGAAGGACCCCGGACAAAUACAAAAAACACCAGUCCUACAGUGAAAUCACCGAGAGGCCUUAAACGUAAAGGUAAGCGGAAAAUGAAGAAAACCGGUGGCAACAGACCGGGCUACUCGAGAAAUCUCGUGACUCGCCAAUCGGAGAUGCUACAACAACAGCAACAACAGCAGCAGAGACAACUGCGAGUAAAGGAAGAACGCGAUCGCUACGAGCGUCAGCUUGGUCCAGCCCAAGGUAUAAAGAUAGAGCGUGAGCGCGGCGACCUCGAAAGUAUACCCGAACAAUCGACGGCACGAGAACCAGAACCAGCGCAGGAACCUGCUGGUCCCGAUCAAACGCUACCCAGCCCAACGAGCGGUCAAGGACAGUCAACAACAACGUCGACGAAUGAUCCGCAGAAUCUACCGCCACCGAAAGAAAGAGUCGCUACUUCGUAUAUAAAUGUAACUGCAGCGAGCGGUAAAUAUAUUCCAAGGAUAGCUGACGGUCUUCAAAAGAAUUCAGAUUUGGGCGAACUCAUUCCUAAUGAAUGGAAUGUCUUUGAUGUGGCACAAUUUCUGCGUGUCAAUGAUUGCGCAGCGUACUGCGAUAACUUCAGCAAGCGCAAGAUCGACGGCAAGGCCCUGCUCGCCCUCACGAAAGAUCAGAUAAUAGAUCUCACCGGCUUUAAGGUAGGGCCGUCUCUGAAGAUUUUUGAUCUGAUACAACAGCUCAAAAUCAAAGUGAAUCCAGCUCAGGAAAGGUUGAAACUAGGACUGAAGAAGAUGUUAUAACAAAACUAGUAGCAGUUAGAUUCUAUUGUCCAGAGCUGUUGGUCAAAAGUAAGCAAGUUUUUUGCUGGAUUUUAAAUUUUAAUACAAAUAUGAUACACAAAUUGAUUUAUGCGGCCUUUUGAAUAUUUUAUGAAUAGUUUGAAUCUAUGGAAACAACUUGCUUAUUAAAAUACUUUUCAUUAAUAUUAUCGUAUUUUUACGUUAAUCCAGCAGUAGCAAUCGCUGACUCGUUUUGAUAUACAGCUCUGUUAUAAUAUUUUACACAAGUUCCAACGUGCGUAGGUAAAAUAUGGAUUUACAAUUAAGGCUCACAAUCAUUAUUUCUUUUUUUUUAAGGAUCUGCGCGUGUGCUAAACUUAAAAAAGUAGCGUCUAAAUUGGUUGAUUUUUAGGCAGCUCACCAUCUAUAGUUAAUUGUCAAUCGAUUGCUCGAAUUCUGUAUCAUAGAAAGAUAAUGAUGAUAAAAGAUUGUGCUUUUCAUUUGAUUGAUUCAACAAAGAUUUUUAAGGUGCAAUACUCAGUGAUCUGGUACAUAUAUAUCUAAUUACAAGCAAUUACUCGACAAUCUACGAAUGCUAUAGUAUCAUAGAUAUAGCGAUUCUAGUGUGUCAUGAUCAAUCAUGCAGAUUUACUACUUAAAAGUAGUUCAUAUUGUUCGCUAAAAACGGAAAGAAAGCGCUUUCCUUACCUUCAUUUAUGAUUUCUUUACUUCGACGUUGCCAUUAUAUGUAAAUCCAUAUCUCAAGUUCAAUCAUAUAACUUAAAAUGAACAUGAAGCAGCUAUAUACAUAAAAAAAUUACGUUUACUUCCACCAGGCAUUGAAAAUAUAAAAAAUUUAACUAUGACGAAAUGUGAAAAUAUUAGGAGGAAUUGCGAGAGUUGUAUGAAUAGCUAAACAAAUAUAUAUAUUUAAGAAAUGAUCACGAUCUAUGCAGAAGCGUAGAGGUAAAUUUUAUGUACAUCUAGCAUUAGAGUAACUGUAAAUAUUUUACGACAACUGCAGUGAUUGUCAGAUGAUAAUGUAAAUAAUACUAAUAUUAAUAGAGUUUUGCAGCCAUUCAUUCGAAUAAAGUAGGAGAUAUGAUAUAAAUAGAUUUAAGUCUAAUGGGGCUGUGACAUUUGAUGUGUUGACUGGCAGCCCCCUCUCAUUAUCUAUUAAAAAAAAAAGAUCAAUAAAGGUGCAGAAAAAUUAUCUGUCACUUCACGACAUAUUCCUUUCGAUAUCUCUUGGCCAUUGCAGCAAAGACUUUGAAUGACUGUUCAUUUAAAUCUUUGCACACCAGUGAUAGAAUAAUAUGUCAAUUGUUACGGUUUCAAAUAAUGAACCGAGCUUGAAGGAAUUUCCAUUUUUCGUUUUAGACAACCUCUUAUCUAGGUUUACAUUAACAUUCUUCUUAAAAAAACAAAUUUAUAAGUUUAAAAAACUACGUUAAUUCUUUGUAAAUAGAUAGUGUAUAUGCUCUGAAACUCAAAUGACUGCCUUGUACAAUGUACAUUCAAGCAUAUUUAUAUUUAUGCACGAAGUAAACAUUAGGGAGAACUGUCACUGUAAUCAUGAUUUUCAGUAAACGUUUGAUAAAUAAUAAGCACAUACGAAGAUAUUUUUAAUAUAAGAUGCAACACGUACAAGUAAAGUUUGCUUUGAAUUGUUCUAACAUAUUUAUUUUAAAGAUCUCAAGUCUAGCUUUAGUUUAGAAUGUAUAUCAAUUUAAAGAAAUUUUUCAAGUACAUUUCUCCCACAAACCAUCACAUUUCUAGCUCAGUCGGUUUUUCAAAGCGAACAAAGAGCUUUGCUGUGAAAUUCACCAAAGAACCCAGAACGACAAAACUUCUUUAUCAGAUCGCUUCCUCAUAGUCCGACACUUUGAAUUUCAGAGCAGCAGCAACAGUGCGAACCUCGAGAAUUAAGUCAUUCUACGUAGUUGUUAAGUUAAUUCUGCAACAUGCCGACGCGGGAGCGGACAUUGUAAAAUAAAACACUGAAUCUUGCAACGAGCUUUUCGUUAAAAAAGUGUAAAACUGUAAAAAUGAGAAGGAGGAGAAACUUCCAGCGUCCGAGCAUGAAUUUCUUAUAAACUAUGUUAAUCCAAAAGUAGUCUUCACACAGGACUUUGAUUUGCCGGAGCUAUAGCGCAGCUCCGGAUCCGCAAUUUAUAAUAAUAGAAUAUUUUCUCCACGAGACGAUAGAGAACGAACAAUGAUCUGUGCGAUAUUUUAUAACUAUUUUAUUCGAUAUAUAUGCUGACUCGAUCGGUUUUUGCGUCGAGCGUUAUUUUGCAUGUGUGACGCGUUUAGUUUAAGUUCAUUAAAGAUUGCUCCAUGAGCGAGGAUAGCGCAAGCGAGAGAGAUGCGGAAGAGAAAGACGAAUAGAUUGAUUGGUUGAAAAUAAAUGUUUUAUACGCAUGAUGUAAAGAAGUUUGCUAAUAAUGAGAGGUCUUCUUAUUGUUGCAGCAAUAA